CCGCAGUUCAUGUCGAACGCACCUAAUAACAUGAAGGCUACCGUAACAAGGCUGACACCAUUGUGGAAACACAAAGCCCAUCUCACUCAUGACGUCAGUAGUGCCGUGACGAGUCGACUACGUUGACAACCAUGGAGGAAGUAAGAGUCUUUCCACUAUCCUGUGUGGUUCAGAAGUAUGCGUGGGGAAAGAUUGGCCUGGACAGUGAAGUUGCCAAACUAGUUGUGAGUGGAGAUCCAUCAGCUGUUAUAGAAGAUGGCGAACCAUACGCAGAGUUGUGGAUGGGGGCCCACCCAAAAGGAGACGCUCUCAUCAUAGACAACAGGAUACCCCAGAGGACCCUGAGCCAGUGGAUAGCCGACUACCCCGGAACCCUGGGUUCAAAGGUCAAAGACACGUUCCAGGGCCAGCUGCCUUUCCUGUUUAAGGUCCUAUCGGUCAACACAGCCCUGUCCAUACAGGCCCACCCCAACAGAGAGCUGGCUGCAAGGCUGCAUUCUCAGUUUCCAGAGCACUACCCAGACAAGAACCACAAGCCAGAGAUGGCCAUUGCCCUCACGCGCUUUGAGGGCCUGUGUGGCUUCAGGCCUGUGGAGGAGAUAACUAGCUUCCUGACAUCCGUGCCAGAGUUCCAUGCCUUGGUGGGGAAUGAAGCAGCUGAAGAGUUGCUAAGCAGCAUGGGAGAUGCAGUCUGCAGCUCUCUGGCCUUGAAGAAGUGCUUCACCAGGAUGAUGAACUGUGAAAAGAAGGUGUUUGUAGACCAGCUCAACAUGCUCGUCAAGAGAGUCACUGAGGAAGGGGCGGCCGGGAGGGACUCGGGCAGUAAUGGGGAGCUGCUGCUGCGGCUGCACUCCCAGUACCCUGGAGACAUUGGCUGCUUCUCCAUCUACUUCCUGAACCGCGUGAUCCUGGAGCCGGGAGAGGCCAUGUUUUUGGGAGCCAGCGAGCCUCACGCAUACCUGUGUGGAGACUGUAUCGAGUGCAUGGCGUGUUCUGACAACACGGUGCGCGCCGGACUGACGCCCAAGUACAUGGACGUCAAGACGCUGUGUGAGAUGCUGAACUACAGCCCCGCCCCAGCGAGCGCCAAGAUCUUCCCCUCUGUAUCCGACCCCUCCGACCCCAACAUCCUCCUCUAUGACCCCCCCGUCCCUGACUUCACCGUCAUGAGGAUACAGGUGCCCCCGUCUGUGAAGAGGUACAGUGUGGCUCCGCUGGACUCUGCAGGCCUCCUCCUCGUGGUCGAGGGGGAGGCCACAGCCACUGCAGCGCUCGCUGACAUCACCCUGACCAGGGGCACGGUCAUCUUUAUCUCAGCCAAUGAGAGCGUCUCCCUGCAUAUCACCUCCCAGUUUGGAAUGACCAUGUUCCGGGCCUGCUGUCUCCUGUAGGCCCAUCGACCUAUCUUGCUGUCUCCAUCAUCAUGCUAAGGCGAUCCAUUAGCACCAGUGUACCAGUGUGGGUACACAAAUCAUGCAUGAUCUAUGAUCUGUACUGUAGGAAGAUCAUAUAUUUUCAUUGGUGCAGUAAUGUGUAUCUACCUGCCCCUCUUUGGGAUGAUUAAGCAUGUUUAGUCUCUGAACCCAAUGAACCCAAUGUCAUUAUUUGCUACAAAGAAAUCUUCCUCUAAAUAUUCGACUGUUCAUUUCCCAACAUGGUAAUGUCAUAUGUUGAGAUUCCUGCAUGUUUAGGAAUAAUAAAUACAUGCCUUAAUACACACUGCUGCAUCUACAGUACAUUAUGUAAUUAUAGAUUGUCUGUUUAAUUACAGAAAUGAGUGUGCUGGUACUGUAUGAUAUAACUUGAUACAUUACUUUGUUGUGUUUACAAAGAUGUUUGCACAAGGGCCAGUGGCGUUUUCAUUUCAAGUAAUUGCUGAAAAGACUUGAAGUAUGGUCUUCCUAGAACAUAAACUCACAAGGCCAUUCACGAGUGAGAGUACCUCAAACUUCUGGACACAAAGUAUUGAAACAUUUUCUGGUUAUUUGUAGUAUUGUUUGAGUCAUACUGUGUCAGUCCAAAACCAGUUCCACGGUAUUAAAUAGUAAGGAAAAUAAUACUUGGGGUUUCAAAUUAAGUCAUAUUCGGCUACUGAAGUUAUGUUUUGGUUUGAGAUUGUUGAACUGUUUGAGGCCUAUCCCUGUUUUGCUUCAGUUCCGGGUACUGAUCUGUCAUGAAAUUAAAACUGUAUUUAACCCUCGUGCUGCCUUCGGGUCACAUGACCCAAAGGUUCAUAACGAACCAUCGUUGUGUUUACCCAAUUUUACCCAAUACAAAAACAAAUAAAAAUAAUUUUCUUUUAACCUUCGCAAUGUGGGGGGUCUGAGACAGCCCAACGGUUAAAAGAAAAUGCUUCACUUUGUUUUUGUAUGCGGUAAAGUUGUCGCAAUACGACGGUGGGUCACAAUGACUGAUGGGUCAGAAUGACCCGAAGAUAACACAAGGGUUAAGGAACUGACAAUGAGUUACUGAACUUGUUUUUCUGCCAAUUGGUUCAGCUGAUAUUUAGUUAUAUAGAGUCAGUUUGCAAUUAAAUAUUAAUAACAUUUUGGUUGAAAAAUACUAGUUGAUUUGAAGUGCGUUGUAUUGCACAGUUUGACUUUAUCACAAAUGUUAUCUUUUUCCAGUGAGGGAUUGGGCAUGGGUUUUGCAUUUAGAACACUAGCAUGGAUUUCUACAGAGAAUGGCUGCAUGUUAACCUGAAUUAAUAAAGACCUUGUGCAGCCAAU